AUGGCCGCCCUCCUCCUCCACCCCGCCACCCGCCCCUUCCUCCUGCACAUCCUCAUCGAAGUCCCCGCGACGCUGACUUUCCUCCUGCUCCCCUCGCGCCAGCUGGGCCAGCACACGCCACACGCGCACGCCAUCGUGCGGCAGUACGCGCUGUCCCUGCUGGCGUCCGUGCUUGUUGCCGCCACGUUUGCCUUUCGUGACACAGCCGAGGGCGAGGGGGCGUCGGAUCAGCUGCGUGGAAAGAUCGCGGGCGCGCUGGCGGUCUAUCACGUGGGACCGGUUGUGCGGGCUGCAGCGAGGGUGGCGCGGCAGGCGCGGCGGGGGGAGCGACUGGUGCUGAGCGAGGCGGGGCUGUAUUUGGUGGUUCAUGGGCUGGCGGGGUGGGAGUUGGGGAGGGCUUGUUGGGAGGGGUGGUUGGGAGCGUGA